CUUACAAUGCAUUAUGAGACAAUUCACAAAGUAUUUAAAUUUUGAUGUGAAAAAUGACCUGAUGAUGUGUUAAAAGAAGACUGUGAGAGAAAGAAAGAAUACUGCAUAUUUCGAGGUCAUCACCCCUAAAGUAGACCUCCUCCAUCUGCAAAACCUACCAUGUUGUCUAACAACAGUGCCGCCUCCUUCUUGCUGGCUGGCUUCCUGGGCUCAGUUACAAUUCACCAUUGGAUCUCUAUUCCCUUCUUUGUCAUCUACUUCUCCAUCCUUUUUGGGAAUGGCACACUCCUUGUCUUCAUUUGGAAUGACCACAGCCUUCAUGAGCCAACGUACUACUUCCUGGCUAUGCUGGCAGGCACGGACCUUGGGAUGACACUCACUACAAUGCCCACAGUCCUGGGUGUCCUGGUGCUAGACCAGAGGGAGAUUGCACAGGCUGCCUGUUUCAUUCAGUGCUUCUUCAUUCAUUCACUGGCAAUUGUAGAAUCGGGUGUUUUGUUUGCCAUGGCCUAUGACCGUUUCAUUGCCAUCCGCACACCACUGAGGUACAGCUCUACUCUUACCAAUUCACAAGUGAUGAACGUAGGACUAGGGAUUGUGAUGAGAGGCUUUGUGGCUAUUGUGCCCCUAAUUCUUUCUCUCUACUCCUACCCAUAUUGUCAUUCCUGUGUUGUCUUGCACACAUUUUGUCUCCACCAAGAUGUCAUGAAACUCGCCUGUGCUGAUAUUACAUUUAAUCGCUUAUACCCAGUUAUUCUGGUUGCUUUGACAUUCUUUCUAGAUGCUCUGAUCAUUUUCUUUUCCUGUGUUCUAAUCCUUAAAACAGUUAUAGGCAUUGCUUCCAGAGGGGAACAAACUAAGCUCAGCACUUGUGUCUCUCAUAUUAGCUGUCUCCUGGUAUUUUACAUCACUGUAAUCAGCCUGACACUCAUUCAUAGGUUUGGAAAACAGGUACCACAUGUGGCCCACAUAACCGUGAGCUAUGUCCACUUUCUCUUCCCUCCCUUCAUGAACCUCAUUAUUUGCAGCAUCAAGACCGAGUGGAUUCAAGGAAGCAUUAUUCGUCUGUUUUCUGGACACAGAAGGGCUUGACGCUUCCUUCCAGAAUUUUGUCAGUUUCAUGAUUUCUGGGCCUUUUUUAUAAUUGAAGAGGACCUCAGAUUUAUACCUAAUAUCUCUUGUAUCAGUGUUAGAUAGGUUUUAAUUAUUAUGUAAAGUGAAAAGCUACAUUGAACAAUA